GCGCAGAUCGUUGCGGAGUGCCUGCGCACGUUCACCACUCACGUCGCGAAGAACCCGAAGUCCAAGUUCAUGGUGGGCGCGCGGUUCAGGUGCAUGGCGGCUUCGACCGACGUCGACUUCAGCAAUUUCGUGGGGGAUGAGUGCAAGGACAAACAAUAUAUGGACCUCAGCCUCUUGGUCCCAGCCCACGCGAAGUCCGCCCAGGAGAAGAUCGUCAUGCACUUGGGAGAUAUCUUGUGGAGGAUGCAGGACACCGCGGCUAUCGUGACCAUCUCUGAGGGGAUCAAUGACAAGCUGAAGUGCAUCGACUCAGACCUUGCACAGGUGCGCGUCGACAGCGACGAAGUGAUGGCAGGCAAGGGCUGGUUCCACCAAGUGAUGGUGGAGUUUUGCAGCCAUUCCGAGAAGACCUCCGCUCGCAUGAAGAACACGUUCCGCAUCAUCCAGGGUUCGACCUUGCAGCAUGGCAAGGCCGCUGCUGACGCAGUUCAGUUGUUCAAGUCGUCGUACAUGACAGAGCAGUCCGAGUGCACGGUUGAGAAGUUGAACGCCAUCCAGAGGAUGAUCGACGUGGGAAGGUCAGCAAUCUCAGACGGGACGCUGGUCGAUGCUUGGGACGCCAUGAUCGACAUCAUGGAGACCGACGUCAACGUGAAACGGUUCGCCGAAGUGUUUGGCGAUGCCCCAUCCGUGACGGAUACGUGCUCGCAGAUGCCGCCGAGCCCAGACACCGCCGCCUUUGUCCUCAGCGCCCCCAACGAGGUGGCAACGAACUUCGCCAGUGUCGUGCUCGACCUCAUCAGGGCCUGCUUGGAGCACGAUGGCAACUACUUCCAGGCGGCGGUGAAUGCGCUACUGGCUGGCGACACAAGCGCAGACGUGUUCCCCGUGCCGCCUGGAGAGGCGGCCCGAGAGGGCACGGCCGUCAUCUCGCCGAUGGAGGUGUUGGACUGGCUGGACGGCGCGCUCCAGGUUGCGCGACCUUUCCUUCCCAAUGACAUGUGGCUGUCGAAGGCGAUCGGGCUGACCCAGGGCUGCACGGAGCUCUUCAAGCCGACGGACAAUUUGUGCGACCUGGCCAUGAACUUCGGCAACGCCACCCAGCGCAUAUUGCAGGCGGCCGUGCAGAGGAUCGACGACGGCGACUCGGAGUGCAAGUUCCUGCAAGGUUUCUGCGACAAGGUCGUGGGCGCGCAGUGGAAGAAGUAUAUCGUCGAUUUCAUUCUCGAUGAGAUUCCGAAGCAGGAGGGCGUCAGGGGCCUCGACGUGCUGACGACUCAGCUGUCCAACUACGAAAUGUUCCUGUCUCCUGACGUCCAGGGCAUCGUCAAGGUCCUCAGGGCGUGGGGCGUCGUGAAGGAUUUGGCUUCGCGAGCGGGCCAGGGCAAGACGUGCGGGUGCAUCGAGCUGGCGCGCGCCAUCGAUGCCAUGGAGAAGGCGCUGGCUGAGGAGCACGGCCCUGCGACUGCGAACAGGAUUGCGGACUUCAAGAACAGCUACGACAUCGUGAAGCAGUCCUGGGACGCGAGCCUCAGCGCCUCCCACGGCAACAUGAUGCGCGCGAGCGCCUUCGCCAAGACGUUCUUGGACGACAACCAGCGGGCGAAGGGCGCCAUCGAGAAGUGGGAGUUCAAGGACGUGCCGAAGCUUCGUGGCGACUCGGAGGGGAGCCCUGAGGACGAGGCCAAAGGCAGUUCAUUGCUGAGAUACCUCGGGCAGCUCGACAUGUGGAGGUCUCAGGUGGUCGGCGCGAAGGGCUGCACCGAGUGGGCGCCGCCCGCGCAGAAGGCCAAGCUUGACGAGAUGGAGUCGACCAUGGAGAGUCGGGAGGAUGCCGUGGCGAGCGCAUGCGACUUGUUCGGGUUCAUGGUUUUGACCAGUGCGAUCAAUGUGAUGGUGGACAGCUCGUCGCUCAAGAAAGUGCUAAAUUAUGUUCACAAGUCAUUGUCGGUGCCGCCUGAGCGAUUCCCCGCAGCCCUCCGCGACGCCUGCGAGAGAUACACCAAGAUGGUGGGUUGCGGCGCCCAGGCCACCCAGGCGCCCACGCUGCCCGAGCCUGCGACGACGGUGGUGCCGAUGACGAAGUCGAAGCCCAAGUUCAGGAAGGCUGGCAAGCAUGCCGACACCGCCGCUGGCGGCGCAUGA